UGUGGCGACACUCACGGAAAUGGUAACCACAGAUAAUGGAGGAGGCACUUAACCUUAAGAUCAUGAGGAAAAAGAUCCAGAUUUUUCAGCGGCGCCGCGCCCCCAUUUCCUUCGGUUUCGGAAUUUUUCUGUACUACGGUUAUGGUCGUGCAGCUCUUUCGUCUAGAUCUAGAUCUUCUAGUACUCCCGAGGGGGAGCCAACACGGCCUCUGGCGAACCUCCAGGCCAAAACGUUGUACGACCCGGAUAUGUAUCAUUUUUUGCGCAAGGAGAAGCCUCAGUGGAGAGGCGAAAACUUUCUCCCGGACGAAAAGAUACAGGAGCUCAUUGAUGCAUUUUGGCUGGACGAAGAGAAGAAGGAAGACGCCCUGCUGGCUUGGUAUAAUCCACUCGAAGAACGGGGCGAUGCAGCUGCAGACGCAAAUAAACUCUUUACCCGGGAGGGCAGGAAAACAAAAGCCGCAGACGCCCUGCAAGUCAGUUUGCGCGCGCUGGCACGCGACGGGUUGGUGCAGCACCGCUUUGGCUUCGAUUUGACAAACGUCGUCCGCCGACGGAUCAUACCGGGACAUCAACAAUUUACGGACGCCGCAAGCUCGGAAACGAAUUUCACGGCACUUGCGAAUCGAAUACGCGGGGACCGAGAUCUCCGGCGCUUGCAGCGAAGAUAUUUUCAAACGGCGGUGGCGCGGUUUGUUUUCACCGUGGAUCUACCCACCUGGUUUCGGCGUUGGGAUUGGGGACAGGAGUGCCCCUAUCAAAUGUAAAAAUGUCUGGGUCUGGAAGAAUGCAACUUGUAAUGCUAAAUCUGAAGCAUGCAAAAAUCUGUGUUGCAUGAUUACCAAAAGUCGUCCAGUUUUGACCAAGUCGGGAGGGAGUUUCUCAUGCAGGAUAGGCAUGAGAGAGAUCGCGCAGAAUCUGUCAUGCUAGGUCCUGCAUUCCAGACUUCAUGGGUCAUGGAAAAGCUGCAUGACAAGUCACGCAUUCUUCCAGACCCAGACAUUUUUACAGUUGAUAGCCCCGUGGGAACUGCUGAUGUUGGUCCACCGCCACCUUUGUCUAUCCAGGAAAAAACACCCAUCCCCAUCCAAUUUGUCAUGCAAAACAUGCAUAAAGUCCACUAUUUGCCAUGCAAAAAAUGGAUGGGGAUGGGUGUUUUUUCCUGGAUAUUGUCCGCCCGCGAGCGGCAGCUCAUCGAAGACUUCCGUCGCGAUGGAUUCGUGCGAGUGCCGUCUUUCGUCAAGCCGCUUGACCAGCAGGAGCAGGGAGACGAUAACCAUAUUAACUCUUUGGCAAAAGCCACGAAACACGUCAGGCCGAAUGAUCGGGCGUGGCUUUUACCACUUCUGGCCGACCGGCACUCGUUGCUACGGAAGCUGGUUCACGGGUAUUUGCGUUCGUCGGAUGUGUCAUUUACCGGCGGCGUAGGGUAUUUCAAGCUGAAGGGCGACCUUCGUAAGCACCAGUAUGACAACGCACUAUGGCAUCACGACGGGUGUGGCACGCGGCUGAAAGUGUACCUGUACCUCACCGACGUGCCGGCAGAUCCCAGAAAAGGAUUUCCGACCCGGAUUAUGCGGAACACACACCACACGCACUGGCUCUCACCCACCGACUACUUUCACGGCCCCGUUCGAGCGGCGAACAAGCUGCAGGACGCUGCUGUUAGGACUGCGUUCUUCAACGAAGAAUAUGAUCAACAGGGCGACCAGGAGGAGAGGUCACAACCAGAUGAAGCGGAAAUAACGGGAAGAGAAUCUACUUCGCAAGAGUCCGAAGAGGAACAUAAUUUUUUUCAAAACGGGACUACAACUGAGUUGUACACCGGGGGACGAUACCAGGACCCGGACUUCUCGAGGAUUGAGUACAUGGAUGGCAAAGCUUUCGGGGGUUUUAUUUUUGAUACAAACGCGCUCCACGGCGUCAAUCUCGAGGAAAGCGACGUAAAGGAGCGGCUGCCUCGGGAGGUGUACGUCAUGGAAUUUGCCGCGAUGAGACAUGUGGAUCACUUGCCGCGGUCUUGGUCAGGUAUGCAUGAGCCCGGUUACGUUCACCAUCCGCUCUGUAACCCCAGGUUUAAUCCUGCACGGAUCAACUGGCGGUACUGUGAAAGAAAAGUAGAAAUUCACAGCUGAGCAGGACGGCUUCCGUCCGUGAAUAAGAAAAAGCAAAGGCAGGGUUUCCUUUUGCUUGAAGUGUGCAACGAGCUGACGCAUGCUGGCUCCUGUGAUGAAACAAGAAGAACCACAAACGCGGCGUGAAAAAACAGCUAGACAACUACUCGAAUUGGAUCACACACACACUGUUUUUGCAAUUGAUCGAGCCCUGUUUUUCCAAG